GACUUUCUUCAUACAAUUAGUUCUGCCACAACCCAUGGUUCUGUCAAGAACAUCACAGUGCUAGAAACUGCCCCAGAAUUUUUCAAAUGGUUGGAACAAAAUCCUGUUAAAUCUGUCGAGAACUUUAUCAAUGCAGCGAGGCUGUCAAUAAAUGUGAAAUCAGAAGAUCAAAGCAAAGUGUUCUUGAGGAUCAAUAAGAUUGCUACAAGUAUCUUGCCUUCAUUUUAUGGAACUUUAGGUCCAAAGGAGAUAGUUGAAAUGCUACGAUUCGCAUUGCAAAUCAAUACGAAAAACAACAUUUCGAGUGAUAUUCAGAAACUGUUUCUCGAAAAAAAUUUCAAAACAGUUGACCUUCAUGAUGUAUCAUUCCACACACUUGUCAUGCUCAUUCGGUAUUCCGAUUCUUCCGUCGAUCAGAAAGUUUUGGAUACAAUUACGGAUUCCGUGCUUUUGAGAAUCGAAAAAGAGCUCGGAAACGCAGCCGAUCUUCUCACAAUUCUUGCCGGAGAAGGUGUCACAAGAUCGAAAUGGUUCUACAACGCAGCUUUUAUUAGGGCCGCGGAAAAGCUUGUUCCGGUUAUGGGUCUUCCAGAAAAGUGUGCUCUUCUGAAGCACAUGUCUAUACACAGACAACGAAAUCGGCAGUUGCUUGGAGCGAUCGUUCACUCGAUAUCGACUUCGAAUCAGUGCUUAUCGAUUCCUCAAGUUGUCAGUGUAGUCAGUGCGUGUGCCUCGCUCACUUAUUAUCCACCGAAAAUCGCUAAGAAAAUUUCGGAUGAUCUCAUGAAAAACUCGAAUGUUCUCGAUAAUUGGAAUGAUAUCAUUGUUAUAACCGACUCGUUUGUUCGAAUGAGAAUGGGCGAUCAGAACUCAUGGAAGCUGCUUGUCCGAUGGGCUAACGAGAAUGUUAAGCAAGCUAACGUCGUUCAGCUGAGCAGAUUCGUGUCGGGAUUAGCCAGAAUAGGCGAGCCUUCUGGAAAACCAUUGGCAAAAGUGUUGAGACCGUUGUUGGCAAAAGAAAGAGCUUUGAAACAGACUGCAUGGCUAAAUACUGUGUAUUCACUUGCGUAUUUUCAAGAGCUCGAUGAAAGCCUCGCGGAUUCGGUUUUGAACAAGAGCUUUGUAGAUCAAGUAAUGAGUUCCACAAUGGAAGUUCAUGAUCGUUUGAGAAAAGCAAUGACAUUGAUGUUGAUCAGCUCAGCUGCACGCGUCGAUAUGCAAGACAAGUAUCAUGGACCAACUGUGAACAAAGCAACCUUUGCAAGCUACGGAAUCACUUUUGAUGCAAAAACGAUUCGAAACGCGCGACAGUUAAAGUACUCGAGUAAUUCAGUAGAAUGUGACGGAAUUUUCCUCAAGUCGUUAUUUAAAAUUGCCCCACAAGAUACUCACUGUAGUCUUCCGAAUGUGGAGGAAUGUGGAGCGUUUGUCGAUGCAUAUGUGAUGCCCGAUGAGAAAUCAGAGCUUCUUGUGAAUACAUCGCAGUGGGGAACCAAAAAACCCAGACCGCUUUUUUUCUACGGAUGGAUGCAAACUAAGCAGAACGUUUCAAAUAUGACCAGCGAGGACAAUAUACUAGGCCAAGAGCAGUUGGGACUUCGAUUAAUUAGAGCACAAGGAUACAGCCCUGUGGUCGUAUUCAAGUCCGAGUUCGAUUAUUGCUCUUCAGACAUUGAAAAAGUGAACAUUACAAUGGACGUAGUCACUCUACCAACGUCUCUAAAUUCUCAAGCUGAUGUCUGUGUUAUUGCCGAUGAUCUCCUUAGAAUGGUAGAUGGUAAAUCAAAGCAAGGAACCAUUUACUGUGUAUUUACGGAAGACGUAGUUCUGCAGCAGCCGUUCAAGCUUUUCUACUACACAAAGCUCAAAAGUGUCACACAACUGAAUAACGAUUUCAUUAAAAAUCACGGCUUUCCAAUGUGGUCUGACUAUCAUUCAGCAUCACACCCACGGAUGGCCAGAAGGAAUGGUGAUUACAUCAAAUUCAAUUUCUUUCAAGGCCCCAAUGGGAGAAACGAUGGAAUCAUCUACACAUGGACUGACUUCCAUGGGGGUGAACAUGCCCGAUUACCGACCCAAUCAGAGUUUCAAUUGUUGAGAGCUCCGAAUAGAGACAACAAGAAUCUUUAUAUGACUAUCACUGCGGAAUCAACGACUGUUAUGCUACUAUCUGAAAAAUCAUUCGGCUCCUAUCUCCUCAUGAAGGAGAAUCAGCGAAAGAUAGAGAAAAACCAUGUUACGUGUAUGAUCGUACAGGACUGCUCUGUAGCGAUGACGAUGUUCAAGAAGUGUGGUCAUGCUGUUUGUGAAAUGUGCUGGGCCAGGAACCUCAUCGAGAAAGAGAAAUCAAAUGUUACUGAAAUCAAAUGCCCAUCCUACCAAAUAAUCAGGCUGAAACUUCGUCAAGGGCCUUGUCCAAUCGACAUGUGCACUCCCGAUGCAAGUACAUACGGCGCUGUUCUCGUGCCCUGCGGCUGCCGAAUCCACUGUAAACAUCUCGUAGAUGCAUGCACCAAGUAUAAGAACAACCCGGACGAUCUGGCUAGAAAACUCAAAAGUUGUCCGUAUGACGCUUGUAAGAAGAUGGUGGAGGAAGUU